GGCGCGCCGGUUGCUCCACGUCCCAGUGAAUGCCGCGGCCCUGCAUAGCAUCGUCUGGCAUUAAACAAAAGGAAAACGUGUCAGUGAGUGUACAAAAUACCUUACCCACCAAGCGGCACGCAUAUGGGAUUACUCGGCUAAGGUAUCCGUAAACGGGCGUAAAAUUACCUUGCCUAACUUUCCGUCCCUACCUUAAUUUUACGAGAUUAAAUUUGCACAAAGGCACUCCCGUCGCUACGUGGAGAGUGGGAUACGUAGCAGACAUACAAACAACACACGCACAUUAACACCAUGGGCUGGCCAUAUCGCUUCCUGGAUCUCACCGAGACGGAGAAGCAUUUACGGCGUUUGGCUCUCGACCAAUUUGCCAGCUACGCGCAGCUCUCGUCGCUGCUUCCACUAUGCUUGGCCAUCCUGUACAGGAUAAUACAACAAUGGGCCACUAAAGAGGAAACAUCGCGCAAAGGCGUUUCGCCUUUGAUCAGGGCACAAAGCCAGAAGGCUGAUGGAGUACGCGCCUCCCAGGUCCGUAAGGUGCAGUGGUGGUUGGGAGAGGAGGUCCUCAUAUUUGGGUCUUCAUGGGGCCAGCGGGACCAGUGGCUUGUCGGAUUGCUCUGGGGCAGCUGGUUGCUGUUUCUCUGCGUUCUCGAUACUGGACAUGACUAUCUGCACCUGACGAAGAGAUUGGGUGUCAUUGCGGCAUCGCAAUAUCCGGCGCACUACCUGCUAGCGCUCAAAUCCCUGAACCCCUUUAGCUAUAUUUUCCGUUCGUCUCACGAUCAAGCCAACCGUUGGCAUCGCGUUCUCGGCCGCAUCAUCACCACACUCAUUGGAGCCCACGUCGCUCUUUACCUCAACUUCUUCCUUCAGACGGGUAUUGCUGCCCAACGGCUGCUCCGCCCGGUUGUUUUUGUGGGCGUCGUGGCCUUCUGCGGGCUAUCCCUCCUCAACACCACAUCGCUGAGGGCUGUCCGUCGGUAUUCCUACCGACUGUUCUUUAUCAUCCACCUCUUUGUCGCGCUUGCGAUGCCACCACUCCUGUUCUUCCACGCCCGUCCAGCUAGAUUGUUUAUGGCUGAAGCCUUCUUGAUAUUUAUUGCCGAUUUGGUGUCUCGAAGGUCGAACACCGUGCUUGCAGACGCUACGCUAGCUCCUGUACCAGGCACCGACCUGGUCAAGAUUUCUGCCUCCAUACCUCGGACGGAAGUCAAUCGAUUUCAUGGGCACCCCGGCUCUCAUAUAUAUCUCACUAUUCCGUCCGCCGCACGCAAGUCAGCCCCGGCGUCCAUCUCCCCUAUUUUAUACGAGUAUCUUUUCAAUCCCUUUACAGUAGCAGCUGUGGACGAGGAGGGCGGCCAUCUAACCAUUGUGGCUCGGCACCGCAAAGGCCCCAUGACGGCCACUCUAGCACACUUGGCCUCCAAAGCAGCGGGAGGUGCCCUCUCUUCUGGUAGCAGCUGCGUCGCUUCGACGAUAAGAGGGGAAGGCAAGAUCCCCCUCAGCAUUGAAGGUCCCUACGGAAUACAAACGGUAGCGCAUCUAGCCGGCGACGGGGGUUUUGAUCGAGUGCUACUCGUCGCCGGAGGCAUCGGUGCCACCUUCACGGUUCCGCUGUACCGCUUUAUACUACGGGAGAAUCGAAACGCAAAAGUCCAGAUGGUAUGGUCAGUUCGCCAAACCGGUGAUAUGACUUGGGUGGCUGCGGGUAGCGGGGCCAGGGGCGAUAUAAUGGAUGACGAGAAUGUGCACAUCUUCCUCACCGGCGGUGGUGUUUCUGACACAUCGGAGGAUGGCGAUCAUGCCCCUUCAAAGAAGAAGCCUAAGAAACCCGUUGGUAGUCAACGCACUGAAAGCCUCGUCAGCAAGGGCGUUAACGGCGUUGGUGUUGGCGGUGACGGCGGGUUGGUGGAGAUGACCGCUAUGUUGAAAGACCGUCGGCGGAAUCGACCUAUGCCGGACCGCCCUAGGAAGCGUCCUGACUUGAGGACAAUUGUCGACGGGGUCUUUAAGAAAAGCCAGGAGGAGCGUGUGGCAGUUAUUGUCUGCGGCCCAGCCAAGAUGGCGAGGGAAUUGAGGGGAUAUGUUGGGGUGUGGGUCAUGAAGGGUCGCAAAGUCUGGUGGCACAAUGAGGGUUUUGGGGUUUAGAACUUAGAAAAAACAAGGAUAACUCGUACAUAUAAUAGGCAGGCAUAUGUCUAUCCGUACGUAAAACUGUAUCCAUUUUCUUUUGCGAUAUACGGCCAUAGGCAUAAGUAAGGUACCUGACA